AUGCGCAACUGCAACCAGUCCAGGCCAGCAGAUCACACGAAGGCCAUGCAGAAGCCUAUGCAGACCCCGCCUCACUAUCCCACAUCAGGGGGCUACAUGGGCCCAGGGACACCACCGUCGAUGUACCUUGGUGGGGGUGCUCCCCCAUAUGGCUCCUCAAUGUUUAACGGGCCUGCAAUGGCGCGCUAUGGUAUCCCGCAGUUCCCUGGGGGUUCUGCGUAUCCAUAUGGAUAUGGUGGCCGCAUACCAAUGGGGAGCCCCUACGGGCCAAUGCAAAUGGCCGGGCCAACUCCAUACUCUGGUGGAUCUAUGAUGGGAGCAGGUGGAAUGUAUGGAAUGCCCAUGGACAGGUAUGGGCCAAUACCUGCUGGUCCUGGUCCAAUGGGCACAAGGGCUGGCUCAUAUUCUGAUGAAGGUUCUCAGAAGAAGCCUGCAGGAGCUGGCCGUGAUAAUGAUUGGGAGUGUCCAAAUUGCCACAACAUCAACUUUGGCUUUCGCACAGUCUGUAAUAUGAGAAAGUGCAAUACACCUAGACCUGAAAACCAGGGAUCUAAGCCCGAUGGUUUAAGAGGCUCAAAACCAAAGAUGCCAGAGGGCAGUUGGAAGUGUGAGCAGUGCAAUAACAUAAACUAUCCUUUCCGAACAAAGUGCAAUCGUCCCCAAUGUGGAGCGGAAAAGCCAUCACAGACAAACAAUGUAAAUGAUUCAGCGACAGAUCAGGACAAUCAGUUAUCUGUGUCAUAG